AUGGCCGAUAGCAAACCUCCCAAGGGGGGAGCGGAUGCUGGCAGUACAGCACAAUGCCCCCUGUCCGAAAAAGAGAAAGCGGCCACACCUGAUGUAUCUGAGGUCAAACACGAUCCGAGCCCAUAUCUUGCAGGAUUAAAGCUCCUCAUUCUGAUGGGGGGACUCACAGUCGUCAUGUUCCUUGCCAUGCUAGAUAUGGCCAUUAUUGGUACUGCCAUUCCCCAGAUAUCUAGUGACUUUCACAGACUUCAGGAUGUAGGUUGGUACGUCGGAGCCUACCAGCUAGCAAGCGCUACCGUGCAACCUCUCACCGGCAAGGCUUACACGUACUUCAGCACGAAGUGGUCACUAUUGUUCUUCUUUUUCGUCUUCGAAGUGGGCUCCGCAAUUUGCGGUGCGGCCCAAAAUUCCAUCAUGUUCAUUAUUGGCCGUUCGAUUGCAGGACUAGGUUGCUCUGGUCUUGCCAACGGCUCUCUAACGGUUCUCUCCGGAGCAGUAUCUCCAGAGAAAAGGCCCUUGUAUACAAGUCUCACAAUGGCAGUCGGACAGAUCGGUGUUAUCCUUGGGCCCAUUCUAGGUGGAGUUUUCACCGAGCAUGCCACUUGGCGAUGGUGCUUUUACGUGAAUCUGCCACUCGGUGGUCUUGUCGCUGCAUUCCUCGUCUUCCUCCAUAUCCCUGAUCACAUCGCGAAAGAGCCAAUAACCCCUCAGCACCUUCGGGAGAUGCUUCCCAAAUUCGACCUCAUUGGGUUCGCGCUCUUCGCGCCGGCAGCGAUCAUGCUCCUCCUCGCUCUCCAAUUCGGCUCAAGCGACUAUUCUUGGAACUCAGCAACAGUAAUCGGAUGCUUUUGCGGAGCCGGCGUCACAGCCAUUCUGUUUCUUCUCUGGGAGCGGCGCAUGGGUAAGGAUGCCAUGAUGCCGUUUCAGAUGAUCUCACGACGCAUUGUCUGGACAAGUUCCCUGUUUUAUGGUCUCCUUAUGAGUGUGUCGGUUGGGGGAGGUAACUUCCUCCCCAUCUACUUUCAGUCUGUCAAAGGUCAAGCGCCUCUGACGAGCGCCCUCUACUUACUGCCCAGUAUUUUGAGUCAAAUUUUCUUUCUUCUCCUAUCGGGAGCCCUAAUGACUAAAUUUCGAUUUUAUAUUCCGUGGGCAGCCUUCGCAGCAGCCGGGACUGCUCUCGGAUGCGGACUUGUAUCUACGUGGACACCGGACUCGACACUUGGUGAGCUAUUUGGGCACCAGGUGCCAUACGCUGCAAGAGGAGCAGCUAUUCAGAUUGCAUUUCUAGCGGUCCAGCUCACACUGCCAGCAAAUGAGAUAGCUCUCGGAAUGUCGUUCCUCGUAUUUUCGCAAAAUAUCCUGGGUGCAGUAGUUGUGACGCUCGGCAAUACCAUUUUCCAGGAAAGCUUGAAGUCCAAGAUUCUUCUGUAUGCCCCAGAAGUCUCUCCUGAAGCAGCAGUGGCGGCUGGUGGAAGUGCCGACGCAGUGCGUCAACUGGCGGCGCAGGGUGGCGAUGCUCUUCUUGGAAAUGUUCUGCGAGCGUUUUCGGAUAGCUUUGACAAUAUCAUGUAUCUCUUCGUGGCCGUGAGCGUUGUCUCGUUCUUCUUGUGCUUUGGUAUGGGCUGGAUGGACUUGCAGGCCCAUGGGAAGAAGCCGGAAGAGGCGGCCGCGAGAGAAUAG